AACACAAGCGAAGAAGAACUGAACAGGAAGUAGUUUUAGUUUCGUUAUUAAAAGUGUAUGUUAACAUAGCACAUGAUUAAAUGCUUGUUUCCAGUAAGUAAGUAGGAAGAAAACUGUGAAAGCUUAAUGUGAAGAAAGAAAUGUGUUAAAGCGACGUCUCGGCCACGAUCCAGGGUUCAAGUGGAAAAAGACUCCUUGAGAAAUGGGGCAACAGGCAAGUUUGGCUCCAGGCCCUCUGCAGUCCAGACCAACAGAAGUGCUGCCUCCAAUCCCUGAUACAGUCCUAGAGGAAGUGUUUUUUUUAAUCCCAGGCCAGGAUGUAGUUUGUGUCUUCCGGCUUGUUUGCCAGCAGUGGAAGGAAAUAGUUGACAGCAUCUCCUACUGGAAAGAGAGGUGUCGGCGGGAAGGACUUAAACCAUACAAUGACAAAAAAACUGCUACAGGCUGGUGUCAAUUUUACAUCCUAAGUAAGAGGAGGCAGAACCUGAUAAAGAACCCCAAGGCGGACGGGGGCUUCAAUAAUUGGCAAAUAAUCAGGAAUGGAGGUGACAAGUGGCAAACCGGAUCUAUAUCUUCAUUCCCUGAUGGACGGGUGCAAAAAUACUUUGUAACCUCUUAUCACUCCUGCAUAAAAUCCCAGGUAAUAGACCUGAGUAAAGAGGGGUAUGGACCAUAUCUAAUGGAUCAGAUUCAGCCUGAUAUAGUAAUAUCUGACUGGUAUUGUCCCCGCGAUGACUGUGGAAGUCAAUAUGAGAUUUGUGUUGAGCUUCUUAAUCACAAACGAAAAGUGAUUAAGCAAUUCCGUCCAAAUCGUGUAGUAUUCCCUCAGUGGAACGAGAUGCAAUGGCAGCAGAUGACUCAUGUAUUCCGAGAUUACGGGCCAGGCGUCCGCUUCAUCAGGUUCACUCAUGGAGGACAGGACACCCAGUUCUGGGCGGGCUGGUAUGGGAUCCGGGUCACUAACAGCAGUGUGGAGAUUGCCCCCCCUGGAGAAAUGAAACCACCUGAACCAUAAUAAUUAUUAUGAUGUAUUUAAUAAAUGUUAUUGCCCUGUCCUCAAACCACCUUUUUGUUUUGUAAAUUAAACUACUACCAUAAUUUAGUAUUAAUAUUAAAGGAAAACAUUUGUUUUUGUCUAUAUACAGUGGUACCUUGGUUUGCAAUUCGUUCCAGAAACGUGCUUGUGGUUCGUUCCACAGCCCAAAAAUAUUCAUAUAAAAAUUAUUUAUGCAAAAUAUAAAGUAAAAAUACAUAAAACAAAUUAACCUGCACUUUAACUUUGAAAAGAAUCAUGGAUGGUGGGAGGGAGACGCGAUAGGAGAAGAGGAAUGUUAUUUUGUAGGAUGACUUUCACUCCUUUUGUCUCCUUUUUGAUUUUGUGGAAAUGUGACAUUGUAUUGUCGGUAAACACUGCACUGCUACACCCUUAUUCGGGUGGUGUUUUUCUACUAAAUUUUGACGAGCGAGAGAGACCAUCAGCUCAGUUGUGACCACGUGACGCUUGGCAGACAAAGCGUAUAUGUAAUACUUGUAUUGCAAGACCUGGCUCGUUUAUGAAGUUAAAUUUUAUUCGAAAUUUUUGCUCGUCUUGCAAAACACUUGCAGACCGCUUUACUCGAAAUCCAAGGUCUUACUGUAUGAUAUAUGGAAGUGUUUCAGAAAUCAUAAAUGUAAUUUUAUUUUUAAAUAAUACAUAGUCCAUUGAAUGCUGUGUGUGCACUUUCUGUACAUUACCUGUCUGUAUGAAAAUCACAUAGCUUUUAAUAAAAAGUUUUUGGCUUAAGAGA